CGAGUCGCUCGUAGAAUUUUUUCAAUCAAUUGAUACAAGAGAUUCCUUCGACUUGGAGCCUAUAUAUUUUGAAGCAUUUGCCAUAAUUUUGGAGGACUGAAGAUGACAAAGAUCACAACUUCAGACGAUCACGAAGAGGAAGGCGCAGUUGCAGUGAAGUCGAAGUAUGAUUUUACGAGUCGCUUGUAGAAGGUUUUCCAGUAAUUUAAUACAAGAGAUUCCUUCGGCUGGGAGCCUAUAAUUUUGUAGGACUUGCCAUAAUUUUGGAGGACUGAAGAUGACAAAGAUCACAACUUCAGACGAUCACGAAGAGGAAGGCGAAGUCGUAGUGAAGUCGAAGUAUGGAACACCCAAGAAAUAUGAUCCAACAUUCAAGGGACCCAUCGGAAACAGGAGCUGUACAGAUGUCAUCUGCUGUCUGUUAUUCAUCGCUUUCUUGGUCGGCAUGGGAGUGGUGGGUUAUUUUGCCUACAGAGAUGGGGACCCAUUAUCGUUGGUCUAUCCGACGGAUUCCAGAGGGCAGAUCUGUGGGGUUUCGGAGGCCGUCAAAGAUAAGCCUUAUCUGAUGUUCUUUGAUCUCUUGUCCUGCGUCGCCUCACCGUACACUACUCUACUAGAGUUCAAGUGCCCGACGACACAGAUUUGCGUUUCCGCAUGUCCCAAUGAGACUUUCGCUCCGUACACGCAGCUAUUUGUGGGCGCGCUGUUGCCAGCGUUUGUGGAAUGGGACAAGUUUAUCUGCGACUACGACUUCAACCCCCAGACAGAGUACCUUACGGGGUCUUACCAAGGCACAGAUGGACUGGCGGCAAUUUUCAACGAUCAGAAAUGUGCGUCCUACUACCUGAAAAGCACAGAAUAUGCGUCCCGCUGUCUGCCGUCAUUCCUCGUCGAUUCGGCCAGCGACGUCGCCAGCGCUUUCUCGUCCGAAGACACCAUCACCUCGUCCAACGGAGAGUCCUUCAACAGCUCCACCGCUCAAGAACUUUUCUCAAAUGCGGCCAGCCUGAUCCUGACCUUCACAUCCCUGGUGGAGGUCCUCUUUGAAGACGUGGUCGCCUCCUGGUACCUCAUUGUUGGUGGUCUAGGCAUUGCCAUGCUGCUGUCUCUUCUGUUUAUCAUCUUGAUGCGCUGGCUGGCAGGUAUCAUCAUCUGGCUGACCCUGCUAGGACUUCAUGUCCUUCUCGGUCUGGGUUUGUAUUCCUGUUGGCAGCAAUAUACCAGCUUGGCGGGAAUGGACGGCGCAGACGCAGCCAUCACGUUCACCACGGACCUCUCCAGCUACCUGCGACUGCAGCAAACGUGGCUGAUCAUCGGCAUCAUCCUGGCAGUCCUGCUGGUCAUUCUGCUGCUGACGACGCUGUGUCUCUGCAAUCGCAUCCGCGUUGCCAUCUCUCUUAUCAAAGAGGGCAGUAGGGCCGUCGGCAAGAUGAUGUCCACCCUAAUAUGGCCGAUAUUUCCAUACAUCCUGCAGUUUGGGUUCUUCGCCAUCUGGGCCACCAUUGCUGUCUUCCUGGCAACAUCACAUCAGGCCACUUACACGGUCUCCAUGGAUGACAAUGACACCGUGGCACCGGCGGACAAUGACACCUGUGAUCACACCACAUUUGCGACGGACUACCCCAACACCACGGCCGUCUGCACCUUCCAAUCCUACGCCCUGAAGGACUACGUCCUCUACCUCCAGAUCUACAACCUCUUCGGUCUGUUCUGGCUGGUCAACUUUGCCAUCGCGCUGGGUCAGGUCACGCUGGCCGGGGCCUUCGCCUCGUACUACUGGGCCUUCACCAAGCCCCAGGAUAUCCCAGCAUUCCCUCUCUUCAAGUCCUUCUACCGGGCCAUCAGAUAUCAUCUUGGCUCCAUAGCCUUUGGUUCUCUCAUCAUAGCCCUCAUCCAGAUCAUACGCACGAUGCUGGAAUACGUGGAAGCUAAACUGAAAGGCAAAGAGAAUCAAGUGGUGAAAUAUGUGCUGAAGUGCCUCAAGUGCUGCUUCUGGUGCCUGGAGAAAUUCAUGCGAUUCCUGAACAAGAACGCUUACAUCUUGAUUGCCGUUUACGGAGAGAAUUUCUGCACAUCGGCAAAGAACGCCUUCUUCCUACUACUCAGGAAUAUUGUCAGAGUUGCGGUCAUCAACAAGCUGACUGAUUUCCUGAUCUUCCUGGGUGAGCUGUUCAUCGUCGGCGCGGUGGCCGUCACCUCCUUCUUCUACUUCACCAAUCAGAUCACCUGGGUGUCCGCUUACAUCACCGUCCCUACUCUCAACUACUACUGGGUCCCCAUCUUUAUUAUUACCAUUGGGACCUACUUCAUCGCCAAGUGUUUCUUCAGCGUCUAUGACAUGGCCGUCGACACACUCUUCCUAUGCUUCCUUGAGGACUUGGAGCGACACGACGGCUCACCGGAGAAGCCCUACUACAUGUCCAAGGAGCUGAUGGGAAUCGUCGGCAAGAAGAACAAGUUUGAUAAAGAUGACUAAACAUGAGAAGAGCGGUAUGAUGGAGACUGCUAGAUCAGGAUUAUGGGCUCCGUGCACAAGUACACCCCAACGGUAAGAAACGGAGAGUUGGGCCGACCACUGGAACAGACAUUCGAACUUAUUACCAACGACGCAACGAAGUGACGUAUUGUCUAUGGUCUUUGUGCCCACGAUACACCACCUCGUAGUGCGACUGACGCGCAUGCAAUGUGUCCCGUCCACGUGGUGUUCGAAAGUGUUCAAAAGCGCCCUCUACAGUUUGCGCGCUGGGCCCAUAUAAUUCCAGUGGGAGUUCCCUUCAUAGUUAUUAAAAAGAAGAAUUAGGAAAAUUCUGUAAGCUUAUAUUUUUGUAGGUUUUUUUUUCUUGGUAUAUGGUUUGAACAGUAUUUUUAAGUUCACUUCAGUGUUCUUUAUUAAACUUCUUUUGUUAAGAAUGGAUAUUUAUUCCAUUCAGCUUUAUUUUAUGGAUAUUCGAAAAGGGAAUUGCCGAAUGAAAAUGUGGAAAAUCAAAAUUUAAGAAUCCGGGCAAUGCUGAUUUUGGGGAACGUAGCAUGAAAUGUAAGAAAUGCAGUAAUCAGCUUCUUUGGAUAAGAAUGGAAAUUUAUUCCAUUCAGCUUUAUUUUAUGGAUAUUCGAAAAGGGAAUUGCCGAAUGAAAAUGUGGAAAA